AUGGCCUCUGCAUCCACCGGUUGCUCGGGGGGUAAAAGUCGACCCAAGUCCCGCCGGCCAAACUACCAACGCCGGGUGAAGCCUGAGCUCUCGUACGCCGAACUCAUCGCUGUAGCUAUUAAGAGUUCACCCGAGGGCAUGCUGACACUUCGAGGUAUUCAGAGCCACAUGUCCAGUCACUACGAGUGUUUCCGCGGCACCUACGUGGGCUGGAAGAACAGCGUUCGUCACAACCUCUCCGUCAGCGACUGCUUCGUCAAGGUGCUCAAGAACGAAGGUAAACCCAACGCCAAGGACAACUUCUGGAAACUGAAUGCCGAGUGCUCCCACUAUCAGUUGCAUCAGAGCUGCCCUUUGACCCGUAAGAUUAACACCAAGGUGCCUUAUAGCUCACCCUGCAUCUCCUCGACUCGCAAAAUCCAUGGACGUAAAGGCAACUGCAAUGGUACAGCCGUGCCUUCUUCCACACCUCAAUACAAUCGCAAAUCCCCACCACCCAAUCGCAAAUCUUCACCAGCAACGCCACUCAGUGUCACCUCUUCUGCUGACGAACAAGCUUCUUCGAUUCUCACACCGUCGCAGCGUGAGAGCAACGGUGUCAACUCGUCGACCAACCCGUCGUUUGUGAGUCUCGCUUGGCCCAGUCUGCAGCCGUCUGUCAACCCACCAGUUGGUCACCGUGACCAGCCUAUUGACGAGGAGUGGGAACUUCUGAACGACCUGUUUGUCCCGGACAGUGCCAUUGACAUUUCGCUUUACAAUGAAAACGGCCGUCAUCAGGCGGAAAGCUUCCACCAUGACCAAGCUAAGACCUACCAAGACAUCAAUGAGCAGAAGGCACCCUCUUCCAGGGGAGGACAUUCUCUUCAAUUUGCCGACAACAUCGUGCCCAAGAUGGAAUUCCAAUCUUCCUACUAUGACGUAGGUGCCCUUCAGAGAAAGCUAAGAAUAAAGUCCGAGCACGCAACCGCCAGACGCCAUCACCCGUAUCAGAUAUUCGGUAGUUUCCGACGUUACGAACACUGCAGCUAUCAACGUCAUCAGUCUACUGAGGCGAAGGGUUCCGAUGAUUCACAAAGAGUGCCGAGCUCCUCAUUCGGCAACCAUUACAUGGUAGCUUCGGCUAUUCGGACGAGUCUCGGACUGGACUUAGACGAAAUGGCCUUGUUCGCAAUCGAGGAUUCCGUCAGAAUUCUCGAUAUGUCGAGACCAUGUGACUUUAUGAGUGCAUAG